GUUCCGCGCAGUUCUUCAUCGUGGAUUUCAUUCAGGCUGUUUGCUCUCCAUGUCCCCGUCGCCGUCCUCCGCCCGUCCGCAGCCAUGCGGCUCAAGCGGGGCCCCUACUGGGGCUCUCGUCGCGCUGCUUUGCGCCGUCACGAGCGCACCCGCCUCUGUCUUUCGUCGUUGGCCGCCCGCGCUGAUCAUGGUUGAUGCCGCUGACAAGGAGGAGUGUGUGGAGCUGUGGAAGAAGGCUCAAGUAGCCCCGUCUGUGGUCGGAUUCAACGUCAGCGAUGCGCUUGCCGAGACGCUGCGCGUGACGCUGGACGACCGCACCGUGCCAGUGAUGCGACAGCCAGAACCCCCACAGAGCUGGAAGUCCAGAAUGCCGAGGGCAUGCGUCCGAUCCUCCAGCUAGCGAUUCCUACAGGGUCCGCCAUGAGCUCCUGUGGACGUUUUGGGCUCUCGAGCGAUAGACGUGAGGCUGUGGGAGGACGGCUGCGAGCCGCCAGCGGGGCGACCGUCUCCCUGGAGAUGCUGCUGCCGGGCCCGCCCGAGUCGUGGGGCGCGCAGUCGGCAGGCGAGGCCUGCGCCGCCGCGGUCUUGGCGCACCUGCAGGCGCGGGGGAUGUCGGAGGUGCGGGCGAAGAUGGCGGAGCGGACGCGCGACCUCCGGCGCCGCGCUGCGGGCGCCGCGGGCGCUGCGGCGGACGAGGGCGGCAACGCAACGAGGGAGGAGGAGUGGCACGCCUUCCGGGAGCGGCUGCGCAGCCGGCGCGCGGAGCCCUCCGUGCAGUUGCUGGGGUGCGCGGACGUGGGCCACGCCCCAGGCCGGGGGCGCCGCGUGCUGUCGUGCAGGCUGGGCCUGGACCCGGGCUCCGCCCGCGAGCUGGGCCGCCUCGCGUACCCGCAGUUCUUCGUGGAGAGGUCGAGCAGGAAGCGGACGACCGCUGGUUCCAGUGGUGCCUCCGGGGCACGGCGUGCUUCAUUGUGGCGCUCGUGGUCGUGUGGAUCCUCGCCCUCUCGAGGGCGCUUGCGAGGGCGCAAGGCAACCGCCCCGUGACGCCCGCCUGAGCGUCGCCGCGCUCGCCCGUCGGUGGCGCCCUGCCCCACAAAAGAGUACUUCAUCGAAUCGGCCCUGGGGCGCUCCAGCGGCGGCGCCACGAUGCACCGCCGGGGCCCAGCGC